AUGCUCUCUCCUGCCUCUCUUACGCUCAAGUUUGAUGCCAUACUUGACGCCUCUUCUCCCAGCCUGCUGCCGAGCCAAUUGGCUCCUGUAUCGUAUUCAUACGAUCCAGCACCUGUAGUGGAGGAAAUAGGGUGGAAUCCCCAUCCCAGUGGCGCAUCUACUUUGAUCGCAUCUCCUGGGACAACUGGCCACGCUGAGAUCCCCCGACGUAUGUCUCCUCCUCCGGAUCUACCCGAAGCCAUCGUAGUGGACACAGCCACCACCGCCACCACAGGAACGGAAGCACAAUAUGUGUAUGCCCAGCCUGCACGGUCCGUACGGUCAAGCAGCAGCCUUGCUACCGCGCGUGAGCGCCCGCAAUAUGAGCGCGCCAAAGCUCAGGAGUAA